CGAGGGAGGGGUGAGAUACAGACAGAGAGACGGAGGCAGAGGAAGAAAGAAAGUCUCAUCUGCUGCUUCAAGUCCUUCAUUAAGGGCUGUUUUAUAUAAAUAGAACCGAGGGCAGCGGCCAAAUCAUCUAAAUCGACAUUUGAACGCACCUUAGAGAAGCGCGACAUAAUGUUCCAGUGAUGUGUGUUGUUGGCAUCAUCUCAGCCCUUUGACAAGUCCAUGGGAAAACAACGCUGAGGGAAGAGGACGUCAGAGGAGCUUUCUACGAGGAGAGAAUGGAGGUGGCCGCAUCCUGUGUGAGGAGUUAGGAGUCAUGACAGCGUCACCUGGAGUUCAAUAAGGCGUUUUGCCCCCCCCCCCUCCACCUGUUUGAGCAGAGCAGAUGUGAAGGAAUAGAUUCUGGUGGAUGUUGCUGGAGGCUCUACAGGUUGCAGGUUGCAGCUAUGGACGUUGAGGCGAGGCUUCCUCCCUCCUCAUCAGUGACCUUGUCGUUUGUCUCACCAUGCCGGACGUGACCGCUGCCUCCGUCCUCUACAUCAUCCUGGAGCUGCUGAUUGCUGUCUUCUCUGUGCUGGGCAAUGUGCUGGUCUGCUGGGCCGUGUGUCUCAACAGCAACCUGCAGAGCAUCACCAACUUCUUCGUGGUGUCACUGGCAGCGGCCGACAUCGCCGUGGGCGUCCUGGCCAUUCCCUUCGCCAUCGUCAUCAGCACCGGCUUCUGCUCCAACUUCUAUGGCUGCCUCUUCAUUGCUUGCUUUGUCCUGGUCCUCACACAGAGCUCCAUCUUCAGCCUGCUGGCCAUCGCUAUAGACCGCUACAUUGCGAUCAAGAUACCGCUCAGGUACAACAGUUUGGUGACAGGCCAGCGGGCUCGAGGCAUCAUCGCCAUCUGCUGGAUCUUUUCCAUCAUCAUCGGUCUGACCCCCAUGAUGGGCUGGCACAAGCUGCCCAACAACGACAACAGCACCUGCCCGUCCGGCCUGAUGAAGUGCCUGUUCGAGGAGGUGGUGGAAAUGGAGUAUAUGGUCUACUUCAACUUUUUUGCCUGCGUCCUCAUCCCCCUGCUGCUGAUGCUGGCCAUCUACCUGUGUAUCUUCAUGGCAGCUCGCCACCAGCUCAAGCUGAUGGAAGUGAAGGCGGUCCACGGGGAGAAGUCACGCUCCACGCUGCAGAAGGAGGUCCAGGCCGCCAAGUCCCUGGCCAUCAUUGUCGGACUGUUUGCAGUCUGCUGGCUGCCUUUACACAUCAUCAACUGCUUCACGCUCUUCUGCCCUCAGUGUAAUCGUCCUCCUCUCUGGAUCAUGUAUGUGGCCAUUAUCCUCUCCCAUGCCAACUCUGUUGUAAAUCCCUUCAUCUACGCCUACCGCAUCCGUGAGUUCAGGCGGACCUUCCGCAGGAUAAUCCGACGCAACAUACUGGGCCGACAGGAGAGGUUUGAGAGCAGCAGCCAGCGGACCUCCACUCACAACAGCAUCACAGACUCCAUCAGACUCAAGACAAACUUUGACAUUGUCACAGAACACAGCGGCAGUACCUGUGCAAGCUCCUACCACUGUCCUACACACAUCUCCCCUGUAGGGGGCGGACUGGUGGCGGUAUCCCACCCUCCUCUGUCGGUCGUCAUCUCCCACUGUCCUAAGAUGGGACUGUGUCCGCUGCAGGCUCUCAGACAGACUCAGAUCCCACUGGGACAUCAGCUACAGUUUGAGGAGCAGCAGCACGACUGCGCUGGAACAGAAGUCCUGGAGGAAUCGGGUAAAGAGAACCUCGGCUCGGCCCAGCUCGCCUCGCUGGUCAGUAAGCAGGGCAGGAAGAGUUGCUUUGGUGAGCUGACCAAGGUGUCCUGAUGCAUGCACAGGAGGGAGCCUGCAUUCACUCAGGAGCCUUGCUAAAACACCGACGUGAGCUCAGGAUCAGGAUUUAAAAUCUCCUUGCCACAAAAAAAAAAAUCCUCUAUUUAAAUAUGUUGACUUUGUCAUUUAGAGUAAGCGUCUACAGGUCCCUCAAAGAGACUGAACAGCUUCUGACAAAGCAUGCGAGUGCUUUAAUUGGACUGAACCACUGACAGUGCUGUGUUUUCAGUGCAGCCACGCCACACUUAAAAAAUGCCUCUGUUUUCAUUUCAUCACCAUCUCUUGAUGCUGUUUUAAAAGUGUUCGACCCACAAUAUGGACCUCUCACAUCCUGCUGUUUCUGGUUUUAAUGAGGAACCUCUGAUUCAACGCGCAAUUUUCGUCAAAUUGCUUAUCAACUUUUUAGUUUUUCAGGGAUGUAAACACACUCUCUUCUGACGGAUUUCACCUCACACCACUGCGAUGAAGAAAGGUUUCAGAUUUCUCUAUUUUUGGCAGUGAUUAACAUGCAUGAACAAAUUACAUGGUUUAAGUUUGCACUCUGUUUCUUUCUUUGGGUCCUAUGGUGUUUCUCUUGGGACUAGAAAACAAGGGCGGUUAAGACGCAGCGGCGUCACACUUCACCUGAUUUAAACGAAACUGUCAAAAAACUGAAAUGUAACUUUGUGUUUUUGUUUGCCCUGUGUGAGAAUGAGGCUUUAAUGUGUGCUUAUUUAAUUUAAAUUAAUGCAAACACAGUCUGAUGAAUGAUGGGAAAUCUGAGGAGCACUGUGAUGUUUGACCUUGACCAAACAGAAUGGAAAACAUUUUUAUUUUUCCUGAUGAAUUCUUCCCAGUGCGGCUACUGUCCUCACGAGCCGGCUGGUACAAAGUCGUGUGUUUAAAUAAAGCCUUUUAAUUUUCAAAGUU